AUGCACAACCCUCCAUACGGACCACAGAACGGCCUCCCACCUCAACAGCAGCAGCAACCGCCUCCGCGCGCCAAUGGGGCCUUCCGUCCCUUCAAUCCCGCGCAAAUGAAUGCGCCACUCUCGGGUAGCAACAACCGCAGCGGACCCGUGAGUCAACCCGCUGCGGUGCCACCGCAGUCGUUGUUUCGGACCCCUCCGGCUCCGUUGAGCAGCAGUGGAGGCUACGGCCGUCCAGUCACUGGUGGAAACGGACCGCUGAAUAGAACUCCGGUACAGAACGGGCCUCCAGCUGUCAACUCUGGACUGCCAAUGGGACAAGGACGAUUUGCUGCUCCUCCUGGACCUUUUCCAGCUCCUGGAUCCAUGGACGACGGACUUACGCAGCAGUUUGCAACUAUGGGACUGCAGGGACGUCCGGGUGUAGCUGGGACGGGAUUUCAGAGAGGACCUUCGCCGCAGACACUUGGUCCUGUACCUGCUAUGGUUCACCAGCAGCAGAUGCAACAACAGCAGCAGAUGAGGGUGCCGCCAUCAGCUAUGAAUACGCCACAGCAGAUGAUGACGCCCCCACCAGUUCUAAAUCAGCAGAUGCAGCAGCAGCAGAUGCAGCCUCCAAUGAUAAACCAGCAGCAGCAGUCUCCAAUGAUGAAUCAUCAUCAGCAGCAGCAGCAGCCAUUGGCAGCAUACAGCAACAACCUACCGAGUGGAAAUUUCCAGCAACCUCAUGAGAUGACAAACGACGGAUACGGAGGACAGCCAGGGUUUCAAGGACAACCGAUGCAGCAGGAGGCUCCUUUGAGCGAAGCGAUGAUGGCGUCACAGUGCGACUCGCGUUUCAUGCGGCUCACUGUGAAAGCAUUGCCGCACUCGCUCGAGCACGCAACAAAUUCGAAGCUGACCUACGGACUCAUUAUCCGACCUUUGGCGCCGACCGAAACAGGACGUGACUUGGAUGUAGUGAAUUUUGGACCUGCUGGAGUCGUGCGUUGCCGCCACUGCCGCACAUACAUGAACCCGUUUGUUCAGUGGGUGGAUAAUGGCCGCCGUUGGCGGUGCAACCUGUGUGGAGUGUCGAAUGACGUUGCGAGCUCGUAUUUCUGCCACUUGGGCGUAAACCAGCUACGUCAAGAUCGAGAUGAGCGCCCGGAGCUUCAUUCAGGCAGUGUGGAGAUUGUUGCUCCGUCCGAGUACAUGAUGCGCCCUCCCCAGCCUCCGUGCUAUGUGUUUGUCAUUGAUGUUUCAGCCGCCGCGAUUGCAUCCGGCUCCGUUCAGGUCGCGAUCCUUACGAUCAGGGAACAGCUUGAUAAUCUUCCAGGUGCACCGCGGACGCGCAUCGGUUUCCUCACAUAUGACAGCACAAUUCACUUCUACAAUCUGAAGUCGACACUGAAGGCCCCACAGAUGAUGGUGGUUGCGGACCUUGAAGAACUCUUUAUCCCUAUCCCGGAUGAGUUGCUUGUAAACAUGAGCGACUCUCGUGAGGUUAUCGAGAUGUUGCUCGAAACGUUGCCGACUAUCCACCAGAAUUCAAACUCAGCUGAAACCGCAUUAGGACCUGCAAUCCGCGUUGCCUUCAAGCUAAUGUCGUCGAUUGGUGGUAAAAUGAUUGUCUUCCAGAACUCAUUGCCAUCGACUGGAAAUGGCGCGCUCCGAAACCGCGACAACCCUCGUGUUUACGGAACAGACAAGGAACAUACUCUGCUUCAGGCCACGGAUACAUUCUACCGCACGAAUGCCAUUGACUUUUGUCGGCAACAAGUCAGCGUGGACUUGUUCCUAUUCUCCUCGAUGUACACUGAUAUCGCCUCCAUGGGCUCUCUAUCAAAAUACUCAGCAGGUCAGGUUUACUACUAUCCGGCUUUUAACGCUGAGCGAGACGGGGAGAAGUUUAGCAAAGAGCUGGCGCACUGCCUCGUUCGCGAGACUGCUUGGGAGGCUGUGAUGCGCGUUCGCUGCACAAAGGGAAUGCGUCUCGCAAAUUUUUACGGCAAUUUCUUUUUGCGUGGACCGGAUCUACUUGCGCUCCCGACGUGCAACGCAGAUUCGACUUUUGCAGUAGAGAUUACGCACAGUGAUGCGCUUUUGACAUCCUCGACGAUCUCCGUACAGGCUGGCCUGCUGUACACAAACUCGGGCGGCGAACGACGUAUCCGUGUGCAUACCGUUUGCAUUCCAGUUACUAAGCUGUUCGCGGAGCUCUUCCGCCAGGUCGAUCAAGACGCGCUGUGCAACAUCAUGGCCAAAAAUGCACUGGAAGUUGCGCUCAAGACUGGCCUGGACAGUGGUCGAUCGCGAUUGCAGACACAGUGCGUGGAUAUCGUCCGUGCCUAUCGCAAUUCUGGUACAUACGGUGCCAAGCAAUCCUCUGGUUACCAAUUACACUUGCCAGAGUCUAUGCAGCUUCUGCCUCUGUACAUCAUGUCUCUCAUGAAGAACUCGGUUUUGCGCGGCGGCACCGACCUGAGUGCGGAUGAGCGCACAUUUGUGCAGUAUGAGUUGAACAACAUGCCUGUCGAGCUAUCGCGGGUGUUUAUCUAUCCUCGAAUGUUUGCUCUGCACAACAUGCCGCCUGGAGCGGGUCUGCCAGCUGCAGAAGCCCGAACUACCGAAGACGCACAGGGUGCCGACGCUACGUCGAUUGUGCUCCCACCAGUGGUCAACCUUACGAUCGAACGGCUGCAGUGCGACGGGGUGUUCUUGCUCGACGACGCACUGAGUCUGUAUCUAUGGGUUGGCCGGUCAGCUUCACCUGAACUGCUAGAGAGUCUAUUUGGCGCUCCUUCUAUGGAGGGCUUGGAUUGCAGUCAGUUGAAACUUCUGGCCCCACACGACGAGACGAGCAAUCGCGUGGAUGCCAUUCUUUCGGCCAUCCGCGCGGAACGGUUGCCUCGCCAGAAUGUGGUUAUCAUGCGGGAGGGCGAUCCAGCAGAGGGUCGUUUUUUCUGGAAGCUCGUAGAAGACCGGGCCAGCUUUCCCGGUGGCCAGUGCUCGUACUCGGAGUUCCUGGGCCAGAUCAAUCGCCUGAGUCUCUCAGGUGCAACUGGCGGAAGAUAG